AUGAAGAUUUUUAUCCUCGUGGCGUUAAUUGCUCUGGGUGUUGAAGCUGGUAAUUGGAGACACGCCGAAUAUUCACAGUGGCCGAUUCCACAGGGUCAAACAUUUCGUAGAGGACCUGUUAGAAAUGUGUAUCAUCAAAAUGGAUUUUCCCAGUGGAAUCCACAACAGUAUUAUCCACGACAGAAUUAUCCACAACAGAAUAUUAAUGUCGACGAAUCUUUUGCUACUGCUGAAUGGAUUUGUAGAAAUCCAACAACAGGUGACAUGUUAAUAAUAGCAUCAGAAACGAAAGAUCAAAGGGAAGAAACACUUGACAAAUCUUUUCAAAGAAAUACUAAUUCUCAUAAUAUCCAUUCGGCGGACGAAGAUCUUAAAAAAGAAAAUGAUAUGAAAAAUCACGGAGGAGAAGGUCUUAUUGACGUAAGGGUCGGAGUAUAAUAAUAUCUUAUACGGAUCAUUGAAAAGCAAUCGGACAUUUCCAAGUUUUGAACAUUUACAUAUUUGUAUCUAAACGAUCAGAGAUAAAUAUAAUCAUAAAUAUAACAAGAUCGUAGAAAAAUA